AUGUAUGUUAUUGGAAAUGAAAGUCAAAAAAAUCGACAAGCAUCACUCGAGGAACAAGUUCCUGACUUAGAAACAACAGAAAAAAAUAUUCAAUUAGCUGAACGCUUAGAAGAAGAUGUUCGUUAUUUUGGUAAUCCAAUUAAAAAUGAUGAUUAUACAGUGGCAAAGCUUCACAAUCCUCAACCGAAACGACAAAAACAACCACAAAAUAAAUCAUUCGUAAAAAAUGAAUAUAAACCAUGUCAAACAUGUGAUUCAAUUAAACAUCGUCGAUCAAAAUGCAGAUAUCUUGAGUUUACUUGUAACUUUUGCAAAAAAACCGGUCAUUUAGAAUAA